CCCCCACACACCAAACCGGCCUGCCUCGGCUCAACAGGAGAGGUACGCGCGGCUGUUGCUGGAGCUCCUACGCUCUGCUUGGAUUCUAUCAACGCUGGGGCAGACGAACACUACCUGCUCCGUUUAUUUUUUUGCUAUUUUUCAUUUUUGUUUGGGAUUUUCCCGUCACAUCCAUCCGCCCUGUGUUUUUUAUAGCUUUUAUUAACCCAGUGUCGGUUAACGGGAGGAAACCCUUCAGUCACCUAUUAGCCGGAGCUGGCUAACUGCAACUAGCUUCCUGAGGACAAACGCAAUCAUUCCGAGUUAAUCUGUGCUGACUCGUUAGGCGUAAGCCGCUUGGUCAUAGCUGUUUAUCCGUAACUCGGUGACUGUAGUGGUAGCCUUCAGUCGCCACCCAUGACCGCGGCGGUUAGGGCAGCGGUUCUUCUCAGCGGGGGGAUUUUUAGUUAGCCUCGGCGGCGGAGCUUCGGGCUGCUCCGGGGAUGUUGUUGGUAGCGAAACAAGCUAACGUCGGUCGCUCAGUGUGAAGGAGGGGAGUGCUAUAGGAGUGAGGCAACACUCUGUGAGGACUUAAUUUCUCUGGUUUUGAUGUCGCUGGGUAGAACCCGGCAAUCAUUAAAUACUCCCGGGCAGGGGGGAUACAUAUCGGGAACAUAUCGGGAUUAUUUGCCGUGCCUUUAAAGUUGAUUUCGGCCUCCUGUUGUGGAUCAUCGUGGGAAACACAUUAAGUAUUUUGACCCUGGCUUAGUUGGAGAUAUCUCCCCGCCCUCCUGCUGAACCCUCUAAUGCGGAGAUCUCAGUAGCACCGGAAUCCCCCCCUCCACGGCGGCCGGACAUGCUGAAGUGUAUCCCCCUGUGGCGCUGCAAUCGCCACGUCGAGUCCGUGGACAAGCGCCACUGCAACCUGCAGACUGUCCCCGAUGAGAUCUUUCGCUACAGCCGGAGCCUGGAGGAACUUCUCCUGGAUGCCAACCAACUCAAAGAGCUACCCAAGCCUUUCUUCAGACUACUGAACUUACGGAAGCUUGGCUUGAGUGACAAUGAGAUCCAGAGACUCCCUCCUGAAGUGGCUAACUUCAUGCACCUGGUGGAGCUGGACAUCUCCAGAAAUGAUAUCCCUGAGAUCCCUGAGAGCAUCAAGUUCUGUAAGUCACUGGAGAUUGCAGAUUUCAGUGGAAACCCUCUUUCCAGAUUGCCAGAUGGCUUCACUGAGCUGCGAACACUGGCCCAUCUUUCACUCAACGAUGUGACAUUACAGACAUUACCCAAUGACAUUGGAAAUCUGGGCAAUUUGGUGACCUUAGAGCUCAGGGAGAACCGGUUGAAGUCUCUACCUACGUCACUCUCUUUCCUGGUGAAACUGGAACAGCUGGACCUGGGCAGCAAUGAACUGGAAGUUUUGCCGGACACGCUCGGCGCUCUCCCCAACCUCAGAGAGCUGUGGUUGGACCGUAAUCAGUUGUCUUCAUUACCACCUGAGCUAGGUAACCUUCGGCGACUGGUGUGUCUGGAUGUCUCUGAGAACCACCUGGAGGAGCUUCCAUCAGAGCUAAGCGGCCUCCUGGCUCUCACCGACCUGCUGCUCACGCAGAACCUGCUCGAAGUCAUUCCAAACAGUAUAGGUUCCUUAAAGCAGUUGUCCAUCCUGAAAGUGGACCAGAACCGAUUGACUCAGCUGACGGACUCUUUAGGAGAGUGUGAAAACCUCACAGAGCUUGUUCUGACAGAAAAUCUUUUACAGACGCUUCCUCGCUCGCUGGGCAAGCUGAAGAAGCUGACUAACCUGAAUGUAGACCGGAAUCGGCUUGGCAGCGUUCCCAAAGAACUUGGCGGCUGCACCAGCCUCAACGUCCUCUCGUUGAGAGAUAACCGCCUGAGCAAACUGCCCGCUGAGCUGGCAGACGCCACCGAGCUGCAUGUGCUAGAUGUAGCUGGAAACAGACUACAAAACUUGCCUUUCGCCCUAACAAACCUCAACCUAAAGGCCAUGUGGCUCGCAGAGAACCAGUCCCAGCCCAUGCUCAAGUUCCAGACAGAUGAUGAUGAGCGAACGGGAGAGAAAGUGUUGACCUGCUAUUUGCUCCCCCAACAGCCGUCACCAAGCCUUGAGAACCUUCUGCAGAACAGCGUGGACGACAGCUGGACGGACAGCAAUCUGAACAGAGUGUCCGUCAUUCAGUUCCAGGAGGAGACCAAAGCUGAAGAGGAGGAUGAUGAAGCUGCAGCAGAGCUUAGAGGUCUCCAGCGCAGAGCCACCCCUCAUCCCAGUGAGCUGAAGGUGAUGAAGAAGGGCAUUGAGGACAGGAGGAAUGAGGUCUUCACAUCCAGACCCGAUGGAGAAGAUGAGUCCCUUGACCCACAGGAGAAACGACUGAGUGAUGUUUCAAAUCAGAGCCACGACUCCCAGGUGUCCAACAGCACACUCUCUGCCACGUCACACGAGGACAAACACAAUGUAGUUGCUAACUCACAGAGGGAGGACAUGGUUGAUGGCCAGUCUCCUCAGGAGGAGGAAGACCUGGAUGAGAUGGAGGUGGAAUACAUUGAGCCAACCGUGCACUUUGCAGAAGAACCGAUUAUCCGCGGUGGAGAUGAGGAUGAUGAUGAAGAAGACAGAGAGAAUGGGGAGAGGAGCGACGAAGAGGACGAGAGGCCAGCUUUUCCCCAAGAGAAGCAGCGGCUGAUCAGAAAGGACACACCACACUACAAGAAGCACUUCAAAAUCAACAAGCUGCCCAAACCCGAGGCCGUGGCCGCACUGCUGCAGGGCUUCAGUCCUGAUGGGCUCAACUCCCUGACACAGCCUGCUGAGGAUGAGCAAGAAGAGGAGCAGGAGGGGGCUGAGCUGGCUGUAGGCACCCCUCAGCACCAUCACAGAAUAGAAGAGCUGGACGACAUCCGGCAUCAGGGCAGCUCCAGCCAAGUCAAGGGGGUGUCAUUUGAUCAAGUCAAUAAUCUGCUGAUUGAACCUGCUCGAAUUGAGGAGGAAGAGCACUCUCUGACCAUUGUGCGACAAUCUGGUGGACUUGGUAUCAGCAUAGCGGGAGGAAAAGGAUCUACACCUUACAAGGGAGAUGAUGAGGGAAUCUUCAUCUCCAGAGUAUCUGAGGACGGUCCUGCUGCAAGAGCAGGAGUGAAAGUGGGAGAUAAGCUUCUAGAGGUGAACGGCGUAGACCUUCAUGAAGCAGAGCAUCACACAGCAGUUGAAGCUCUCCGUAGCUCCGGUGCGACGGUUUCCAUGACAGUACUGCGGGAGCGCAUGGUGGAGCCCGAGAACGCCAUCACCACCACACCGCUGAGGCCAGAGGACGACUACUUCCCACGGGAGAGGAGGAGCAGCGGUCUCGCCUUCAACUUGGAGGGCAGUCCCAGCGGCACCCGGCAGACGUUCUCCACCUGCCUGAUCCGGAAUGACAAGGGCCUUGGAUUCAGUAUCGCAGGAGGCAAAGGCUCAACACCGUAUCGUACAGGGGACACGGGCAUCUACAUUUCUAGAAUUGCCGAGGGAGGAGCCGCACACAGAGACAGCACGCUGCGUGUCGGAGACAGGGUUCUCUCCAUCAAUGGUGUAGACAUGACAGAAGCCAGGCAUGACCAGGCAGUAACGCUCCUUACCGGCACCUCCCCCACCAUCACACUGCUGGUAGAGAGAGACCCAAGCGCACCGGGAGGCUCUCCAGGUCAAAACCGGGCACGAGCCCACUCCCCUCCACCCCCGGAGCCCUCAGCCUCUCCUGACCAAGAUGAGGAAGGCCUUCAAGGGAACGUGGGAAAGAUUGACGACGAGUAUCCAAUUGAGGAGGUGACCUUAGUGAAGUCAGGCGGCCCUCUUGGACUGAGCAUCGUUGGAGGCAGUGACCAUGCCAGUCACCCCUUUGGCAUCAAUGAACCCGGGGUCUUCAUCUCUAAGGUGAUUCCUCACGGUUUGGCUUGUAAAAGUGGCCUUCGAGUCGGCGACCGCAUAUUAGAGGUUAACUCCAUCGACCUGCGACAUGCCACGCACCAGGAAGCGGUGCGGGCCCUCCUGGCUAACAAACAGGAGAUCCGCAUGUUGGUUCGGAGAGAUCCUUCCCCACCUGGGAUGCAGGAGGUUUUGAUCCAGAAACAGUCAGGGGAGAAGCUUGGCAUCAGCAUCCGUGGAGGAGCAAAAGGUCAUGCUGGAAACCCCUUGGACCCCACAGAUGAGGGCAUCUUUAUCUCAAAAGUGAGUUCGACUGGAGCAGCGGCCAGAGAUGGAAGGCUGCAGGUCGGCAUGCGUAUCCUGGAGGUGAACAACCACAGCUUGCUGGGAAUGACCCACACAGAGGCAGUGAGAGUCCUUCGUGCUGUCGGGGACUCCCUGGUCAUGCUGGUGUGUGAUGGAUUCGACCCGCGUAAGGUCACUGCUGUCGAGGCGUCUCCAGGGAUCAUUGCCAACCCGUUUGCAACAGGCAUCGUGCGCAAGAACAGUAUGGAGAGCAUCUCUUCUAUAGACCGGGAUCUGAGCCCAGAGGAGUUGGAAAUCAUACAGAAGGAGUCUGAGAUGGUCAGAGAGACGUCGCAGUGGGAGCGAGAAGAGAUGGAGAAAGUGGAGCGUAUGCGUUUGGAGCGUGAGGAGGCAACUCGCCUGCUAGAAGAGGAGACGGAGAACAUUGGCGGUGGACCUUUAAAACUUGACUACAAAACCCUGGCUGCACUCCCCACCACCAGCCUGCAAAAAGUCAACAAAUUCUCUGCUUCUGUUAUUCUGACUGCUCCCAUGGAGGCCUCCUUGCCGGCCAAUCACGGAGCCCUUUUAGAACCAGCAGGCUUCAGUUUGGUCAAACCCACCGAACCCCUCACAGACCACAGCUAUCUCAAGGAAUUCCAGUUCUCCCAUAACGGGACGCCCACCAUCAAUGACAGUCCAGGCUCAGCCACAGCUGUUGACUCCAUGCCGGCCGUUUCUCCUGAGGAGGAAGAAGAAUGCCUGGUGGACUCGCAACCUAUGUGCUUUAGGGAAAACCCCUUCCUGGUAGCGAACCGUAAAGGGAAAGGUCUUCCACCUGGAGAGCAGAUCCUGUCCGGGCCCCCUGUGGGCUACGGCCAGCAAGGAAAGCUGCAGCCCUGGUUAUUCAGCAAGACACCUUCUUCUGAUUACACCAGAACAGACAGUCCUGUCAGGGAAGCACCAUAUUCUCCCACCAUCCAGCCGCCCAGCCACCACUCCUCCAACAGCUCCCUGUGUGCAGGCAGGGAGACCCGCUUUGCAAACAUUCAUUACACUGCCACUCCCACUGCUAAGGACAGCACCUCAUCAUCAACGCGGCCCGGUGCCAUCCAACCAGUCGGACGUGUCCGGUCCACCACCUCCCCCGGCACGCCGGAGCGCCGCAGUCCCAACCCUUUCCAGCAUGGCCCCUCCCCAUUCAACUCCCAGACCUCUCCUCGCGCCCCCUCCCCUUCUUCGCCCGACGAAUUCCCAAUGAAUGUCAAGCAGGCAUACAAGGCGUUCGCUGCCGUGCCUCGCUCGCUGGCAGUGCUGGAGCCGCCGCAGGAUCUGUACAGCGGGAGGAACAACUUUCACAUGAAGCAACCUUCACCAGAGCCUGUUUUGAACGACGAGGUGUUUGAUGAUAGAAUCGAUGGUCAGGAAGGAGGCGGAGAGGGUCUGACCAGAAAGGUCUCCCCCCAGCCCUCCCUCUCUUCUGAUCGGCGGGAGUAUAUGAGUCUGGCCGCGGUGCCCUGCUUCUCCAGAUCCUCCAUGGAAAUGAAGGUUCCUCUUGGAGGGAAGAAUAGCCCGGAGCAGCGCUCCUUCAGGGACAGGCAGAAAUACUUUGAGAUCGAUGUGAAACAGCAGACACCAGAGAAGCCUAAACCCAGAAUUUCCCUCGUUGGAGUGGAAGACCUCAAGAAAAUGAGGGAGGAGGAAGAGAGGAGGUUUGAGCAGCGGGCACGGGAGUACCUAAUGGACGAGGAUGAGGAAGAUGAGGAAGAGGAAGACCUGGCCAAGCAGGUGGAGCACAUGAAGGCUACAGGGAAGGUGCUGUUGGACGGGGUGGAGUACAAGGUGGAGCCUGUGUCGAGCCCAUCUCAGCACUGCUCCACACAACUGAGCUACUGUGGCAGCUCAGGGCCUUCCUCGGUGGACGGUAAAGGUGACUCUCAAAGAAAUUCACUAGAGGACAGCUUCAGGUUGGAGCAGAGACCAAACUCUAUGACAGGUCUGAUAUCAGCUUACCCUGGAGAGUCAACUGCACCGAUUCGUACGGCCAAAGCAGAACGCAGACACCAAGAAAGGCUGAGGAUGCAGAGCCCUGAGCUGGCUGUGGCCCCAGACAAGGACCUUUCCCCUGCAGAGAAACGAGCGCUAGAAGCUGAGAAAAGGGCCAUGUGGAGGGCAGCACGGCCCUAUGGCCUAGAGGAGGAUGUUAGACAGUAUGAGCAGGACCUGGCAAAGCGGCUCUACCAGGCCCGAGUGAGGGCCUCUCAGGGCACAGCCCCCCAGCCCCAUGCUUCCUCCUCUACCUCCUCCUCUGCAGCCUCCCAGCUCAGAAUGAAGUCUCUGGAACAAGAUGCACUGAAAGCUCAGAUGGUCAUUGCCAAGUCUCGGGAUGGGAAGAAGCGAGGGACACUAGACCAGCUGGCGGAGUCCCCAUCUCCUGCUCCAACGCCAUCUCCCACUCCAAUGGAAGAGCUCAGUCCUCGAGCUUUGACCUCACCCGGCAGGCUGUCCCUGUCAUCAAAGAAGUUUGACUACCGACAGUUUGCCGCCAUUCCUUCUUCCAAACCCGUAUACGACAUUCAGACACCUGAUGCAGCAGAGGAAGUGCAAUACAUCGACGCCUCCAGCAUUGCCGGCACUGAAGUGGAGGUUCCCGCCCCGCUGCCCGCUACCUCUGCAUUGGAGGAGAUGGCCCUUUACAGCAACAAGCGCAAGCUGAGGCAGGGGCGCCGCAGCCUGGAAACCGCCAUGCCCACGUAACACAACCAAAAAAAAAGAAAUAGUCACCGACAUUCACACACAGGAGAGGAGCUCUUCAAGCAUAACCACUGCAAAGACUCAAGCUUCUAGUCGCCACUCUUAGAUACUCACUUAUAACCUGCGUGCCAGUCUUGCCUUUAUAGUCUGUGGGUAAGUUGGCGAGCUCCUCAGAGAAGAGGAGAUGAUGCAGUUAGUUAGGAUUGCUACUUACAGACAAAUUAUUUUCUUAAAUUUUCUGUUUGCCUCGUAGAUCGGAUCUAUUUUAACUUGAGGGUGAUUAAAAUUUCUAGUUGUUUUCUUUUUUUUUAUUUCUGCACCAUUAUGAUUUCACUGUUUAUAUAUAAAAAAAAAAAAGCAUAGUGGAAACGGGAAAUGAAAAGAAAUGGGUUAUAGUUUUACUAACUUCAGCGAUUAGACUGUAAAGUGUCUUUUUAAAGAUUUGGGAUGUAAAUAUUAACUGAGGAGGGAACAGCUGGCUACCUUCAUUCUCACAUAUGGUGGAAAAUCUUGAAGCACAUAUCUUUUAUUCACUGCCACUGUAUCAUAAUUUAUUGUUUUUAAUCAUUUUAGUAAAAUCGAAGGCCUUCAUCCUACAAUUCUCAGAGUUUGGACGCAUCAUUUUAACAAGUUUUAACCAAUCAUCAGCAUAUCACUACUUAGAUUUACUUGAUAAAUACACUUAAAUCACAGGGGGAACUGUAGAAAUGUUUAAAACAUCUGAGAGAAAGCGCCUUGUUGGUCAUUAAAGUGCUGAGAUGCAUCAACAAGCUGAUUCCUCUCAUCCAUGGAGCGUCUGCUCAGAUAAACCCAGACCGCAGCAGAUACUCAUCCUCUGAUAGUAUUCAUUCUUGGGAUCAUGCAUUUUAGCAUCAUUUAUCUACGGUACUUCUCCUCCUAAGGGGGUGUUUUGUAUUUUUAUUUUAUUUUUCUAAAUCAAUGUGAGCCAUUAAUACUAUCCUAGCAUCUUUGCAUUAUCUGGAGUUUUGCCACAGUGAUGUGAAGGUAGCAGGUGUUUGUAUUUUUCUGACUAUGGUUAAUUUAAAUCUGAUGCCACUGAAAAGUCAUUUAUCGUGUGAAUAUUGUACAAAAACUGAAAGGAAAGAAGUGAACAUGUGGGUUUGAAACUGAGCCUGUCUGGACUGCUGAAGCACCUGGGUGGGGUUAGGCUUGGUUACUGGGACGUUCUUUUCAUGUAUAUUGGUUUCAUUGGGAGAGCUGCAAGAGGCUGAACCAAUCAGAAAUCUCUUUCAUUAAAAACAUUCAGCUCAUGUAUCUCAUGGGGAUUUUUUCUCUGCAGAAUCACAGCGUCGUAGCAUUUUAAUUUAAUGUAGGGUCUAUGAUUAGUUUCCAUGUUGCUCUCACUGACUGAAAUUCAGUUUGUUUGUUUUUUACUAUUUGUAGGCAAUGUUUUUUUUUUUCCCAGAUGGGUUUCACUACAAUGAUGCUGUGUUUUUAUGUUUCUGUGUUUCUUAUUUCGUCUUGAGUUAAUUUUUGGGGCUUUAACUUGCUAACAGGCCAGAGGGUGUGGGGGGGUCAGAUGUCCUAGGGUCGAGGGUUAUAGCUCACAUAAGACUGUAACUAGUGAAUUUGUACAACCAAAGAAGUCUAUUUUGUGGUUCAGGAAUAAUAAAUUUUACUUUUCAUUUAAGAAGCUAA